CAUUCUCAUGAUAUUUGUGUAAGAAGGAAGGAAGAAAGUUCAGCAGUCCUGGAUACUAGCUGAUAAUAUAACAAGUGAAGAAGGGGAAGUAUUGCUGACUUUCCUGUUGAGCCUAGAAGAGCAGAUCUCUUUUACUAGGCUGAGGGCAAGACAGAGGUAGCCACAGUGCUGGAAGGAAUGGAAAAGGUAGCCGGUGCGGUAGUGCUGGUGAACUCUUUCCUCCUCUGCAAUGCCAUCCUGGACCUGACUGGCACCCAUGAGAUUGAAGGAGUGUGGAAGAGUUCCACUAUCUUACCAUGCAUCUAUGUACCCUCAGACCACUUUAAUCAGACAACAGUCGUUUGGACCAUGGAGCGUGAUCAUACCCAUGUCACUGUCAUUCAAAGAGAUCUCACUGGUGACCACACUCUGCUAACUCGGUAUAGAGACAGGGUCAGCAUUCAAAAAGAAAUCCCAGGCAAUGUCUCCCUCCAGAUUAAGAAUCUUGAAAUCCCAGACAGCGGGCGCUACACUUGCAAAGUCGCCUUGACAGCCCAGGAUGACAGCCUGACAACAAAAGAGGUGACAACUACACUUCGAGUUGUUAAAGUUGCGGUGUCCAAACCCAUCAUCACGCCUGGUCAUCUGGGACUGACAGUGAUGGAAGGGGCUAGGGCAAGCCUGACCUGCUCAGCCAGAGGGUCCCCACCCAUCAGCUACCAAUGGUUCAAGGGGGAGCCGGGAGGCAGUGCAGUGCACCUCAGCAAUCGGGCUGAACUUGUGUUUGAUCCCGUACAAUCCUCAGAUGUGGGAAAAUACUACUGUGAAGCAGAGAACAGAGCCAGAUCCCGUGUCAGUGAGCAGAGCGAUGUGGUGCAGCUGACUGUGAAAGAUCUCAAAGAAACCAUGACCACAUCACCCAGUAUUGAGACCACGGCACAUGCUGCAACCAUACCUGAUUAUGAACAAGAUCUCAAAGAACCUAGGACCACAUCACCCUGGAUUGAGACCAUGGCACACAGUACAACCAUACCUAAUCUUGAAGAAAAUGAAGAUUUCAAAGACACCAUGACCACAUCACCCAGGACUGAGAACAUGGCACACAGUACAACCACACCUGAUCUUGAAGAAGAUGAAGAUCUGACCACAAUGUUUGAUUAUUAUGGUAUGCUGGAAGAGUCAGAAAGAAGCAACAUGACUAUAGAUCUGACCACAACAGUCCUGGAUCCCAACAGUGGCCUUGGAGAUUCAGGAAGGAACAGCACAGCUACAGGUGCCCACAGGACCAGCCUGUCCCUCAGUCUUGUUAUUUUGAUUGCUGUGCUCUGUGCCUCUGUGGUCUUUCUUGUCAUCACCAUUGUCUCCUGCAGACAGAAAAACAGUCAUAAAUCCACUAUUGCAGGAUCUGAUGAUGGGUUUCAAGGAAACAAAACACAGGAUCCAAACAACUGCAUGCUGAGUCUUUGAAGUACAAUGGCAAUGAAAUGAUGCACAUGCACUCAACCCCCUUCCCUCCCAGUGAAUAUGAGAGCUUUGGAAAUGUAAAGGAUCUGAUUUAGAAAUGGAGGAUUUUCAAUAUAGAGCCAAUCAUUUUCUGAAGGUAUCAGCCUGAAGACUAUACGUCAGAAAUUGAAAUCUGGCAGGUCCUUCACCAGGGAACCCCAUGCUAUCUGCCCAACUUUUCCUCUAAUAAACAUGGGAACUUCAUAAACCUUCAUUUGCUUUAGGACAACUGCAUCUCCCUCUGGUUCUAGUAUAAGUAGUAUAAGGGGUAAACCUCAUGUCAAACUAUUAAGCCCUGCCUGUUGACAGGUACCCCGCCCCAUGGCUGCCAUCUUGGGACCAGAAGUUGUCCUGCCGCCUGCCUCCCUCCCCUGCAAAAAGUAUUCCUUUUGCACUGGGUUUCCAGCCUUGAGCCAGAACUCCUGGCCCAUCUUGUGGUCUGUGACAUCAGAAACCUCACCCACUGGCCUUCAUAUUGACUGUCAUGUUGGCCACGAUGCUGGCCCCAAAACCUCUUGCUGCACUGUAACAUGGUCCAUGAUACCAGAAACCCCACCCCUGCUGCAGCAUCUCAUGGGCCAUGACAUCAGAAACCUCACUCCCUGGCCACAAUGUUGGUGACCAUUUUGACUGCCAUGCUGGUCCCAGAACCCACUGCUUCAGAGUCGUAUGGUCUGUGACAUUGUAGCAAAAUCCUCAGUUUUUUCUUUUAGACUUAAAAAUGCAUUCCCUCCCCUUCCCCAGCCAUUUCUGACUUUCUCUCUACCCUCUCUAUCCCUUACAUGUGGUUACAAGUAGUAGUAGGUAAGCUAAGUUGCACUCCAAUAAGCAGUAUACGAAGGAAGCUCUGCUUCAGAGCUCUACUUCAGAGACUCAGUUCAUAGAAACACCAGAGGUAGGGGGCCCAGGGUGGAGACCUCUAAAAGCACUAUCAAAAAGCCACAGACCUGCUCAGCCUGAUGAACAAAACACCCGGGGAUCAGAAUGCCAAAAGGACAGAGUAGAAAGACACAGUAAAGAAAACAAAAGACUGCAUGGUUCCUCUGCGAAAAACACACCACCAAACCCUGAGAGAACCAGGCGUGAAAACAUAAGGGUUCACAUUUCCCAAACAAGUGAUUUGGGGUGUGCAAAUAAGAAACUCAGGACUGAUUGUUCACACACUUUAGAGAUGCCUAAAGGAGAAGGAAGAGAUUCUUAACCGUUUUUUGAACCAUCAUGA